UGUGUGUAUUAACCCAACUGUGGUGAUUCUAAACUAAAUGCAACUAUCAAUAAUAAUAAUUGAUAACGACUGAAUAUAAAUUCUGAGUUCAAGGCCUAUCACUUUAGUGUUAAAUCCAAAUUAGUGCAGUCAUGUUGUCUCUCAAGACAUUUUCGUUUCUGGCGACAUUGUGCGUGGCGUACGCCGCAGUCGCUAUUGCACCUAGCGACAAAAAACCAGAAAAAUACGCUAAAUUGGAAGGUUGUUAUAUGGCUGAUAUUGACAAAUUCAUGGCCUUCAGAGAACAAUUUACACCAACCGACGGCAGCUGCUUAAGAUACAACUGUUAUGACAGCGGCGACAUACAAAUUGCUUCAUGCGGCGCCGUAGGCAUACCCCCUGGAUGCGAGCCCGCCAGCGGCGACUUGUCACUUCCUUAUCCGAAAUGCUGUGGAGGCUUCAAGUGCAAAAACAGUGACGGCACAUACAAAACUCAUUUCCCAUAAAUUAGACGACAUUUCUUCAUUCUUGCCAUCUUUUUAAUAUUCUUGCUUCCACAGUCUACACGUUCGUUACCCUUCACGCGACGUCGCGUUAAGCGGCAUGUAACGCGUUAACUCAUGAUGCAUUUCACGAGCUAUCUUAAGUACUUUAGUUAAAACACACUACAAAAUAUUGUUAAAACUAUAGAGAGACCAGGCUAUUUGGCAAUGAACGUAAUAAAUAAAUCUAUAAAUAAAAUACA